AUGGAAACAAAAUUGAUUCUACUUACAGUACUAACUGCUCUUCUGUCAAUCUCAGCAACUGUUAGAACUGAGUACAUUAGACCUCAACCUCGUAAAACUUUGCAUUUACCAUGGAACCCAAAACACCCUUCUCAGCCUCAGCAGGUACACAUAUCAUUGGCAGGAGAAAAACACAUGCGAAUCUCAUGGGUCACUGACAAUAAAUCUGCUCCUUCAUUUGUUGAAUAUGGAACGUCGCCUGGGCGAUACACCUCUUCAGCUGAAGGAGAGAGCACCUCUUAUAGUUACCUAUUCUACAACUCAGGAAAGAUACACCACACUGUCAUUGGACCUCUGGAACAUGGUACUGUUUAUUUUUAUCGAUGUGGGGGACAAGGUCCUGAGUUUCAGCUCAAGACCCCUCCAGCCCAAUUUCCUGUUACUUUUGCUGUGGCUGGGGAUUUAGGUCAAACUGGCUGGACUAAAACAACACUAGACCACAUUGACCAAUGCAAAUAUGACAUACAUCUGCUUCCUGGGGACCUUUCAUAUGCGGAUUACAUGCAGCAUCGCUGGGACACCUUCGGUGAGCUGGUGCAGCCACUUGCAAGUGCCAGACCAUGGAUGGUAACAGAAGGCAACCAUGAAAAGGAGAAUAUACCACUACUUAUAAAUGCAUUUGAGUCCUAUAAUGCUAGAUGGAAAAUGCCUUUUGAGGAAAGUGGAUCAACCUCGAAUCUUUAUUAUUCUUUUGAAGUUGCAGGGGUCCAUGUUAUCAUGCUUGGUUCAUAUACAGAUUAUGAUGAGCUCUCAGAUCAAUAUAGUUGGUGGAAGGCUGAUCUUUCAAAGGUGGACCGGAAAAAGACACCCUGGCUAGUUGUGUUAUUCCAUGUUCCAUGGUACAAUAGUAACAAUGCUCAUCAAGGUGAAGGGAAUGGGAUGAUGGCAGCCAUGGAACCACUGCUUUACGCUGCUGGUGUUGAUUUAGUACUUGCUGGUCAUGUGCAUGCUUAUGAGCGCACUAACCGUGUUAACAAAGGAAAAUCAGAUCCUUGUGGUACUGUUCAUAUUACUAUUGGAGAUGGAGGCAACAAAGAAGGUUUAGCUCAAAAGUACCUGCACCCACAGCCUGAGUGGUCAUUGUUUCGUGAAGCAAGCUUUGGUCAUGGUGAGCUCAACAUCGUGAAUUCAACUCAUGCAUUUUGGAGCUGGCACCGGAAUGAUGAUGAUGAACCAGUGAGAUCUGAUCAAGUGUGGAUAACCUCUCUCAUUAGUUCUGGAUGUCUGGCAGAAAAGAAUUAUGAAUUAAGGAAAAUUCUUAUGACUCCUUAAAAUGGAUAAGUCUUCAUGAUCCAAUUUAUUAGAUUGGGCUAAGUUUUUGCUACAGAGUUUGAUGUUUAUAUGUCAAUCCUAGUCAUUGUUUGAAUUAGUAAAAUGCUUGUCCCCUUCAUGUAAUGUAGCAUAACAGGGAGUGGCAACUAGGCCAUUACCAAUUGAAGUUCGCACUUGCAGUUGUCCAAUUUGUUAUAUAUAAAUCAGCUACAGCUUGCAGCUUGUCAAUUUAAUCAAUCCUAUUCCA